AUGGUCCAGACGGUUUCCCAGCAGAUGAAUGUCGAGACCGACAUCAUCACUUUAACACGCUUUAUUCUUGAGGAACAACAAAAGUUCGCCCCCACAGCCACGGGUGAGUUGUCGCUUCUUUUGAACUCGCUUCAGUUUGCAUUCAAAUUCAUUGCCCACAACAUCAGAAGAGCAGAAUUGGUCAAUCUUAUUGGAAUUUCCGGAACCGCCAACACCACCGGUGACGUGCAGAAGAAGUUGGACGUGAUUGGUGACGAGAUCUUCAUCAAUGCAAUGAAAUCGAGUGGUAACGUGAAGGUGCUUGUAUCUGAAGAACAAGAAGACCUCAUUGUCUUUGAAGGUGGUGGCCGUUACGCCGUGUGCACCGACCCAAUUGAUGGUUCGUCUAACAUUGACGCUGGUGUUUCUGUCGGUACGAUUUUUGGUGUCUAUCGCUUGAGAGACGAUUCCACAGGCUCUAUCAAGGACGUUUUGAGAAAGGGUACUGAUAUGGUGGCGGCCGGCUACACCAUGUACGGUGCUUCUGCCCACCUCAUGUUGACCACAGGCAGAGGUGUCCACGGUUUCACCUUGGACACCCAGUUGGGCGAGUUCAUCUUGACGCAGCCAAACUUGAAGAUCCCCCACUCGAGAGCCAUCUACUCUGUCAACGAAGGUAACUCGUACUACUGGCCAGAAUACGUGAAGAAGUACAUUGCUGACUUGAAGGAGCCCCAGGAGGAGUUGAAAGGAAAACCAUACUCGGCUCGUUACAUUGGGUCGAUGGUGGCUGAUAUUCACAGAACGCUCUUGUACGGCGGUAUUUUCGCGUACCCAGCCGACUCGAAGCUGAAGAACGGGAAGUUGAGAGUUUUGUACGAGUGUUUCCCCAUGGCGAUGUUGAUGGAGCAGGCUGGAGGUUCUGCCGUUAAUGACAAGGGAGAGCGCAUCUUGGAUAUCUUGCCCAAGGGCAUCCACGACAAAUCGGGUAUUUGGUUGGGAUCCAAGGGCGAGGUUGACCGUUUUUUGAAGUAUCUCCCAUAA